GGCCUCCUGCCCUCGAGCGACCAGUCGCACGCACGACUCGCACACCAGAUCACUUCGCCACCGCCCUCCAUCCCUUCGCCACCGCAGAUCCAUCCUGCCGCCGCCGCCGCUCCAUCCCUCUCUUCCCUCCAAGCUUGUCACCGGCGACGAAGCGUACGGCGCCCUGCGGUCGUGAUCGAUCGCCUCCAGGAACCUACCACGCGCGCCGAGGCGAGGGCCUCGUGGACUCCGUCCGUCGCCGCUUGGCCGAGGACCUCGUGAUGGAUCGAUUAUUUCUCAGCUUGGCGCAUGCCGUACGGCAGCACGCCGCGCGCAGUUUCCUUGGAUUCUAUUCCAUCUCUUCGCGUCCGCUUCCUCUAAUUGUGAGUUUUGGCUGUAAUGCGUUUUACAGAUUCCCAUCUACUAUACUUCCUAUGUAGUGCAUAUCCCGUUCCUCCUUUUACAGGCUUCUCAAAUCAUUCGUUCGUUCGUGCUGGUCAUCCUCCUACAUCUGUCUGUCUCGCUCUCCGAUUGAUUAAUCGUGUUCAUUGGGAUUUAAAAAGAGGAACAUGGAUUUUUGUUGGUGACUUGUAAGCAGCAACAAGAUCUUGCAAUUUCUAAUUUUCUAGCCAUCCACGUGAGUACAGAUCAGGCAAGUACCUCGGGGCAGAGCCCGCGCUGCCAUACCUGAGCCCCUACAUGCGCGGUGAGAACCUGCUCGUCAGCGCCAACUUCGCGUCCACCGGCGUCGGCAUCCUCAACGACACAGGCGUGCAAUUCGUGAACAUCAUCAGGAUCGCCCAGCAGCUGCAGAACUUCCAGGACUACCAGCAGAGGCUAGCGGCGUACGUCGGCGAGGACGCGGCGAGGGAGCGCGUGAGCCAGUCGCUGGUGCUCAUCACGCUUGGCGGCAAUGACUUCGUCAACAACUACUACCUGGUGCCCUUCUCCGCUAGGUCCCAGCAGUUCGAGAUCCACGACUACGUCCACUUCAUCAUCUCCGAGUACAAGAAAGUCCUCGCGGGUGAUAUGGAUGAAGGAAAAGAGGCCAGCAGUGCUGGGCUAAACAAUUCAGGGAGGUAUUGGAUUGGCCUCUGUAGAAACUAUGGUAAAGGCACCUAAUCUUGGGCCCCUAGAAGAAGGAAACUCAACAUGCAUGGUUCUCAUUAGAGGCAACCAGACCGUUGUUGAAAAUAUUGAUGAUUCCUGUUGUGUAUUCUCAAGGAAUGGUCAGGUUUAGUACUGACCGUUGCGGUGCGUAGAAGAAAGGUGCUACUUUCACUUAGUUCUCUCAGUUCUAAGUUGGGACUGCAAAAAUUUGAGGAUUUCCCCACAUAGACCUAAAGUUUUUGCUUCUAGCAUUUCUCUUUUGUAAGCAGCAUGGCAAACCCGGUUUCAAAGUAAAGACCUGAGGAAGAAUGUGGAUUGAUCAUUGUGAUUUCAAGUCCUUCAGGUGAUUGAUCACUGUGGUAAUUCAUUCUUUUGUCAAAUUUGAUUACAAUUGGGGUUGGAGGGAAGCAACAAAAUUCCUAUCCUGUAAUAGACGUUUUUGGUGUGUGACUUGAUAGUUGUUCACGUCGAUACAAAAUUUCAUUCAUGUGGUUUUUUAAGGCAUUUGAAUUUAACAUUGUUUUUAUGAUUGUCUAAGAGCUGGAGCUAUUAAGACUUGGGACAGAUAUAUACAGGUAACAGGGGCCUACAAGAUCCAAUUCAUGUUUGACAGUUCGUCAAAAUAAACAAGUAGUAUUGAUGGGUAAAG